CUAAAAAUAAUAAAUCUCAAAGCCGUAAGAAAGAAAGAGAGAAGAAGGUAUUCAUGGCGAAGCUGCUUCUCAGUAUCGCAUUCGCUGCCGCCCUGAUCUUGCUCGUUUCUGCGAAAAAAUCUGGGGAUGUAAAGGACCUUCAGAUCGGUGUGAAGUUCAAACCUGAAUCUUGUGACAUCCAGGCCCAUAAAGGAGACCGGAUCAAAGUACACUACAGAGGGACACUCACAGAUGGAAAGGUUUUUGAUUCCAGCUUUGAGAGGGGUGAUCCAAUUGAGUUUGAGCUUGGUGCUGGUCAGGUGAUCAAAGGAUGGGAUCAAGGAAUUUUGGGUAUGUGUGUGGGUGAGAAGAGGAAGUUAAAAAUACCAUCCAAACUUGGCUAUGGAGAUCAAGGAUCACCUCCCACCAUCCCAGGUGGAGCAACCCUAAUCUUUGAAACAGAACUUGUUGCGGUGAAUGGGAAAACAAAAGCCGAAGAUAAAGCAUCGGAGAGUGACACUGAGCUGUAGCAAACUGGAGUUUUGUUGACAUUAGUUCUUGCCAUCAUAAAGUUGCAGUUGUUAAUGGACAUUUUAGUUUAAAUGUCUAGGUUUUCACUUUCAAUUGAUCGUUCACGGCGGAAGCAGAUCUAUCAUUUUUAAUUUUCAAAACAAAUUAAUGCAGUGACAGAGUUGUUCUUUGAUGAA